CCACAACAUACGAUCCACCACCAACUUCAGGCAUAUUUCUUAGUAAGAGAACAACUGUCACAUGAUUUUCACCUGACUGACAUUUUUCUUCGCGAAUUUCUUCAAUAAGUUAAACGACGAAAAAAAUAAUAAGGAUUUUCCCUUUGGAAAAUUAUAGAAAUUCAAACGAAAUUUGUUGGUCUAAUUAAAAAAACAACAUCAAAAUGAAAAUCUGUGGUCCCAAACUAUCCCUCUGUGGCUUGAUUAUCUCCGUUUGGGGUAUUAUUCAAUUGGUUUUGAUGGGUUUGUUCUUUUACAUUCACAGCGUAGCCUUGAUUGAAGAUUUGCCCAUUGAGGAAGAAUAUCACAGCUUGGAGGCUUUCUAUACAGAUGCCAAUGCUGCUUAUAAUCAGAAUGCCUACAAUUGUUGGAUUGCUGCUUGUAUUUAUGUCUUGACUCUGUUGCUCUCUGCCCAACAGUUCUAUGUCAACAGUAGAGUAACUGCCAACUAAAUAUCAUAAAUACAAAACAAUAAAAUAAUCGUCAAAUGCACAUCCUUUUUCUACCAUGCCAACCUGCAGUGUUUGAAGGAAAAUCAAUUUACACAAAUCGAACAUCAUCAUGAACAGUUUUAAUUUAUAGUCGUCGUUUUUUUAAUAAAAAAAAACUCUGCUCAGGUUGGGAAAAAGUUCAAAAAGCAUGUAGACGUUUUUAGUUGCAAUCACCUCUUCUCCAACAAACCUAAGCAGCAACAUCUUGAAACCACCAUAAGAUAAUAAAAGAAAACAAUGACGAUCAUCAUUAUUAGUUAGUUUUAAUAACAACAACAUCUUAUUAAAUUUCUUUAAAUUCAAUAAAAAACAUGUGUAUUUUUAUUAACAUCUUUAAUUUGGUAAAUUGUUAACAUGUUUUUGAAAAUUGUUUAAUGUUUUUCUUUUUGUGCAUGUGAUUUUCUUUUUUUAUUUCUAUUCUAUUCAAGAAAUUGAAUAAAAACCAAUUCUACAUUCCUUAAGAUCGUCAUUGCUUAGCGUCCUAAUAAUCAUUAUUGUCAGAGUUUUCAAAGUAUUUUUUUUCUCUUUAAGUUAAUUUGUUUUAAUUUUUCAUUUUUUUUUGUUUAAUUAAUUUUAGUAAUUGUUGUUUAAAAAAGAAAACAUUAAAAAAACUUUAAAAUGACCUAAAAAAAUAUACAAAAACUCAUCUUUUCUGUUUAAAAUUAUUUAAAAUCAAGUGUUAUUAUAAAAAUAUUUGAAAAUAAACUAAUAAAUUCAAAAUUUAAUAUUAAUUCUUAAAACAAAAAGCUAUUGUAAAAUUUUUUCUUAAAAAAUAAAACAAAUGUGUAUUUAUCUUGUUUUCGAAUAUGUAUUUGUACUUGUGUGUGUGUGUUUUACAAAAAUUUUACAAUACCAUUUUGCCUUAAAUUUUAAAGACUUUUUGUUAAAUUUUGUAUUUAUUUGUUUAAUUUUUUCCCAACUGUUAAGAACAAAACGUCGUUUUCAUCCCUUUUUUUUGCAGAAAGAUAAAUGUUUAUGUAUAUUAUUUUAAGCGUUAAAUAGUAAAAAAUUUAAUUGUAUAAUUACUGGUGUAUAUUCAAUAACAUGAAAUAACUUUAAUAAAAACUAUAUAUAUUAUA